GGAAUGGCUUCUGAUAUGUCUUCUUAUUCAGGAUCUGGUGUGAGUUGGAGUGGAGCUUGUGCCAGCUUUAGCAUGUCCGAUGGUUGGGGAGGAUCUUUGAAAAGUGCUGCGUGCCAACUUCCUGCCUCUACUCACCGCGCCCUGGCAGCACCUUACGUGCUGUUUGGAUUAGGACGAAGUCCAAAUUUUGUCGAUGAAGUAGGGAUUUUGGUUGCUGUUCUGUUUCCGAGCAUAAAGAGAAUAUUCUUUCAGUUGACCAUUGGAGCGCCACGGUACUCUGAUAGUUUAGCUGUUCGUCAACAUACAUUAAAGCAGAUUGUACCUAACUCGAGAAUUGUCGUUAUCCCACCAGAAGAUGGUACCCAUUGGCUAACGCGAUUGUAUGUGACUCCAUCGCAGCUUAUCUUGCAAAGCUUAGCAGUUAUCGCCUUAGUUUGUGCUAUGCUGCUAAUCGUGGUUGCUUUCCUUCACUAUCGAGAAAAGAAGGAGGACCGAGUGGAACGUCAGCAACAGUCCCAUAGGUUCCAUUUUGAUGCGAUGUAG